UAAUGACGUAAUUUCCGAGGCAACGUUCGUCAAGGGAAAAAAAAACAAAAACCAAAACACACGGGCUAGCAUGAAACCGAAAGGCUCGUCUACCACCGAAAUUAUUAUGUAUAGCAUACAAAUUAGUCGAUGAAUUAGCGGGACACUAAUGUUAGCUGUCUAACAAGCUUUUUAGCACCAUGAAUUUAAGAGGACUUUUUCAGGACUUCAAUCCCAGUAAGUUCCUGAUCUACUCGUGCCUGCUGCUAUUUUCCGUGUUGUUGUCCUUGAGGCUGGAUGGAGUCAUCCAGUGGAGCUACUGGGCUGUGUUCACCCCGAUAUGGCUGUGGAAACUGCUGGUCAUCAUCGGGGCCUCUGUGGGAACUGGAGUCUGGGCGCACAACCCCCAGUACAGGGCUGAAGGGGAGACGUGCGUGGAGUUCAAGGCCAUGCUGAUCGCAGUGGGGCUCCACGUCCUGUUGCUGAUGUUCGAGGUGUUGGUGUGCGACCGCGUGGCGAGAGGAAACUACUUCUGGCUUCUCGUCUUCAUGCCUCUCUUCUUCGUGUCGCCCGUCUCCGUAGCGGCCUGCGUCUGGGGGUUUAGACACGACCGCUCCCUCGAGCUGGAGGUGUUGUGUUCAGUUAACAUCCUCCAGUUCAUCUUCAUCGCUCUGAGGCUGGACAGGAUCAUCAACUGGCCUUGGCUGGUGGUGUGUGUCCCGCUGUGGAUCCUGAUGUCCUUCUUGUGCCUUGUUGUCCUCUACUACAUCAUCUGGUCAGUCCUCUUCCUCCGCUCCAUCGAUAUCAUCGCCGAGCAACGGCGGACUCACAUCACCAUGGCGAUCAGCUGGAUGACCAUUGUGGUACCUCUUCUCACCUUUGAGAUCCUUCUGGUGCACAAGCUGGACGGCCACAACAGUCUGAGCUACGUGUGCGUGUUUGUGCCUCUCUGGCUCUCCCUGCUCACACUCAUGGCCACCACCUUCGGCCAGAAGGGAGGGAACCACUGGUGGUUCGGCAUCCGUAAGGACUUCUGCCACUUCCUGUUGGAGCUCCUCCCCUUCCUGCGUGAGUACGGCAACGUGUCCUACGACCUCCAACGCAGCGACGACCCCGAGGCGGCAGAGGACCUGCCCGUCCCCGAGCCUCCUCCGAAGAUCGCCCCCAUGUUCCACAAGAAGACCGGCGUGGUGAUCACGCAGAGCCCCGGGAAGUACUUUGUCCCGCCGCCUAAACUCUGCAUCGACAUGCCCGACUAACGGCACGUCACGGCCGGAGAGGAAGGGGCUGCUGUGUUGAUGCGUUCAAGUCGUGAAGCCAAAACAGCAGAGGACGUCUGGGCUCUGCAUCCGGUCCCCUCACCUAAACUCUGCAUCAGCACGUCUGCCCAGGGUGACGAACUAGAGCCGAUACGGACGGCGGAUUACUAAACGGAUCCAGAAUCCUCACAUUGGUUUCAGCAGCUGUGUUUUGCAGUAAAAAGACUCCCCUGCCUGA